AUGUAAUAUAUUUUGCUAUUGAUCAGUCUAGGCACAAUAUUUUGUGGCCCACCGUCUGAUCUUGUAGAUCCCUUUUAAUAUGAAUACUUUAGAAUUCCUUAUAAUAAAACUAUGUAUUCAGGAUAUUUGGAACCUCAAGAUAUUCCUGAUCAUCAUUUUCAUUACAUAUUUUAUCCAAAUGAUAAAAGUGAUGCUCCAGUAAUAUUAUGGUUAAAUGGUGGACCAGGAUGUUCAUCUCUUACAGGAGCAAUGAUUGAAAAUGGUCCAUUUGUUUUCAUAGGAGGAACUCCAACUUUUGAGGAAAAUAAAUAUUCUUGGGCAAAAUUUGUAAACAAUUCUAAUAAAAAUUAAAGGCUCAUAUGCUUUAUGUAGAGACUCCAGUUGGCGUAGGGUUUUCAUAUAAAGAUGAUGGAAAUACAACUACAAGUGAUGAUGUCACAGCAUAAAAUAAUUAUUAUAUGUUAUUAGCCUUUUAUCGUAAAUUCCCAGAAUAUAAAAAUAAUGAUUUAUAUAUAGCUGGUGAAUCUUAUGCUGGAACUUACAUUCCAACAUUAGUGAAUAAGAUUAUCGAUAAUAGUUAAUCAAAUAUUCGAAUUAGAGGAAUGAUGAUUGGAAAUGGAUGUACUGAUGCUGCUGAAUGUACAAAAGAAGCAAAAUACUUUCCAUAUUACAAAUUUUAAUUUCUUGCAAAUCAUAAUUUUAUUAGUCAAAAACUGAAUGAUUUUAUAGAAAUUCAUAAAGCAAGGUGUUAAUUCAAUAAUGAAUAAUUUUGUUAAGAUUUAUAUCAAGAUAUUUUAACAGAAACCAAUUUAGAUGGAUCCUAUGAAUACAAUCCAUAUAAUGUUUAUGGUACUUGUUUCUAACCUCCAGUGGAAACACCUUAAGGUGAAAGAAUUCCAUAUGCUAAAAAUAAAUUUGAUCCAUUUGACAUAAUCUAAGGACAUAUUCCUCCUUGUUCAGAUGCUGUUGGAUUAUAUCAUUAUCUUCGUGAUGAUGAAUUUAGACAAGUAAUGGAUAUAUUAUAUUUUUAGUAUUUAAAUAUUCAUCCUAAAAGUGAUUAAUGGGCUAAAUGCCAAUCUCUCAAUUACACAAAAGAUCCAAGAGCCACUUAUUAUUUAUAUCCCAAAAUUAUGGCAAAAGGAAUUAAAAUACUUAAAUUUAGUGGUGAUGUCGAUGGUGUAGUUCCAAUAACUGGAACAAUAUAUUGGAUAGAAAAACUUUAAAAAGAAUUAAGUACUUCUUAUUUAAUAAAAAAAUAGAUUUACCAACUAUUUAAUAAUGGAGACCAUGGUUCAAAUCAAAUAAAUAAAAUGCUGGUAAUCUAUGGGAGAUUGAUGGUUUAUUAUUUGUGAGUGUUAGAAAUGCUGGACAUAUGGUACCUGCUGAUUAAAAAGAAGCUUCAUUUAUUAUGGCCCAUAAUUUCAUUUUUGAUGUUCCAUUUCCAGAAGAAUGA